AUGCCUCCACCUCCACCCCCUCCGCCGCCUCCGCCAGGCCUGGGAGGCCCUCCUCCUCCUCCACCACCUCCCCCUGGUGGCUUACCAAAGGCUCCGUCUGGCGCAGGUCGUGGAGCUUUGCUUGGAGACAUUCAAAAGGGAAGGUCGCUCAAAAAGGCUGUCACAAAUGAUCGAUCCGCGCCAGUCGUAGGAAAGGCUUCAGGAGGCGGCGGUCCUCCGGUGGGUGGCGCUCCUCCCGUCCCGGGGCUGGCACCACCAGUUCCGGGCGGCAAUAGACUACGCAGCAACAGCGAUCAAGGAAGCCGAGAUACUGGUGCGGCGGCGGCAAGCAUAGACGCAGCACCGCAACUUGGAGGCUUGUUCGCCGGAGGCAUGCCCAAGUUGAAGAAGCGCGGUGGUGUAGACACCGGUGCCGACCGAGGUUCCUCAUACAUGUCUGAUUCCGAAGCCACAACCAGGUCAUCAUCAGCACCUAGACCACCUACAUUUGGCGCUCCGAAGCCACCGGCUGGAGCUGCUCCCGCCAUACCCGGCAGGGCGGUGCCUACACCUCCAGGCUUGCCUUCUCACCCUUCCAUAGCGUCUUUGCGAAAGACACCAAGCGAUGUACCGAGGCCACACUCCUCGGCAUCCAUGAAAGCACCACCGCCACCUCCCAUUGGAAAGAAACCAGCGCCGCCCCCGGUUGGGCGAAAGAACCUAGGAGCCGCACCACCAGUCCCAGGAGCACCGGCACCACCACCUCCUCCUCCCCCGGCGGCAUCAGCACCCACGCCUCCACCUCCGCCGCCAUCUUCAGCUCCUGCAUUACCGCCGCCAGGUCCUCCACGGCCACCACCAGCGCCGGCUAGGUCUCAACCGCCGCCGCCGCCGCCAUCGUCACCACCAAGCAACGGAUUAGCGCAAAACGCCGCACUACAAGCCGCAAUACGUGCCUCGAGUGGCAGAGCAUCACCAACACCUGCUCCUCCAGCACCCCCGCCUCCACCGCCCGCUGCUGCACCUGCACCCCCGUCAUCGGCACCGCCACCGCCUGCACCACCUCCGGGCGCUCCGGUGAGCAGGCCUCGAGCAUCCUCGAAUUUGCGGUCAACAAUGCUAGACCCAAGCUCUUAUACGCUUUCAAACAAUGGAAGCAGCCAUUCGCCCUCACCUACUCGCUCCAACACGACUGCCGGGUUGUCCAGCCCACGGGCAGUUGGUGGUGGUGGAGGAGGACGCAUCUUCAUUGACGACAACAGGUGGCGCUUCACAGAUGAUAGCCAAUUACCGAAACCGAGGCCCUUCCAAGGUGGUCCCAGAAAGUACAGAGCCGGACGGGGAAGCAGUGUGCCUUUGGAUCUAAGUGCAUUGUAG